UGAGAGCACCAGAGCGGGCAGGCGGGCGGAAGUUAAAAAGCACAAUGUACGCUCUGGCGUUCCCAGUGCGUAUUACAACGCACCGAAUGAACAGAAUGGGGAAGUGCAAAUUUGCAGCGUUCUGGCUGGAAAUGCCGGACUUCAAAGAGUGGCUGCAGCCAGUCGAGGGGAAUGUCAGGGAGGCAUAUUGUACAUUAUGCAAGAAAAAAAUAAGUAUUGUGUCAAUGGGCCUUAACUCGUUAAAGUCCCACAUGUGUUGUGCUAGCCACAAAGCUGCUGCUACCCGCCGAGAGCAGCAGCUCUCCAUUGCUAGCUUCUGUGGUAACCGCGUUGUUGCACCACCACAACCUAGUGCCAACGUCGUUACACCACCGCCAGUCGGACCAGAAGCUACAGCUACGACCCGGGCUGUCUCUGCUUCCUCAUCUUCUGCAGCCAACAUCAGAGUGGCUCUGGGCGGCACAGCAACACUGCGUGCUGAGGUGUUGUGGUGUCUCCACACAGCGGAGAAACACCAUUCACUGAACUCAAAUGAAAACUUGGCUGAAGUUUUCAAGGCUAUGUUUCCAGAUUCGGAUAUAGCAAAGUCGUUCACUUGUGGCAAGGACAAAACUGGAUACAUCAUACGAUUCGGGUUAGCACCACACUUCAAGCAGGAGCUCAUCAACACCAUCAACAAGGCUGGCCAGUUUGAUUUAAUGUUUGACGAGUCGCUCAACCAGUCAACAAAAAUGAAACAGCUUGAUGUACACAUUCGAUUCUGGGAAGAUGAUCGUGUCCAAUCUAGGUACCUUGGCUCUCAAUUCUUGGGACACGGAAAAGCUGUCGACCUGUUGCAUCACAUCAAAGAAUGUGUUGCAAAACUGAAUAUGAGGCAGCUUCUCUCCAUCAGUAUGGACGCCCCAAAUGUCAACUUGAAGCUUGUAGACCUCCUCCAGACUGAGCAUGCUGAGCUGUAUGGUGCUCAUCUGGUUAAUGUUGGAAGCUGUGGGCUUCACACCCUCCACAAUGCACUGAAGGCAGGCUUUACCAUGUGGCAGAUGGACAAGCUCAGUGCAAGAGGAGAUAGAAGACCUGAAAAGGAAACGAACGGUUCUGACAGAGGUGUGCGACUCCCUCCAAACAGAUGCUGAUAAGUUAGCCGAGCAGGCAGAGGGGAAAUCUGGGACAUUAAUGGCACAACUGAUCACGAAGUCCAACAUCCUCAGAAGACGUAUUAAAGAAAAACGGAACGAAUUGGUCCAAACUGAGAAGCUGCUGGGAACAAAAUCAGAAGAACUGAGGCACAUGUCAGCAUGAUUGUUGUUGAGG